AUGGGAUGUACCUCUUCUAAAUUUAGAGAAAAAACAGAGUCUAUGGAAUCACAGAAUUUACUAGUUGAAUUUACAACAGAGUUUCGAUACGUUGAUGGUAGGAGAUUUCAUAAUGUGGAAAAUGCCGUGUAUCCUCUACCAAAUGAUGAUGAUGAAUUAGACAGACUACAUUUACAACAUUUCAUGAUGAGAUAUAUUUGGCAGAACAACUUUUCUGCCCCCAUCAACCAUAUUUUGUCUAAUCCGGGAGCCAAGGUCCUUGAUGUUGGAUAUCCCUUGGUUGAGUUUGUUGGUUUAGAUAUAUCCCCACUCCAGCCGACACAAAUAAAACCUAAAAAUUUUAAAUUCGUCAAAGCAAAUGUUUUGGAAGGAUUACCAUUCGAAGAUAAUACUUUUGAUUUCGUAUUUCAACGAUAUAUGUUCACUGGUUGUACCAAAGAGAAGUGGCCAUAUUUAAUAAAUGAGUUUGUUAGAGUUUUAAAACCAGGUGGAUUCUUAGAAUUAUCUGAACCUUCUAAAAUGUUUGAUUUAGGACCAGCAACUCAACGUUUAUUUAAUGGAUUAAUAGAAUUAUUGGAAAAACGAGGCCUAGAUAGUGAUAUUUAUCAAAAGUUAGAAGACUAUUUACAAAACCAAGGUCAAUUAGAAAAUAUUAAGAAAGAAGCGAAACAAUGCUAUCAUGGUGUAAAGUCUAAUAAUAUCAAGCUCAGUAAAGUGGUUGUCAAUAAUAUGGUUACCGCAUAUGGAAGUUUUAAACUUGCUUUAUUGGAAGCAUUGCAAAUUUCUAACGAAGAAUUUGAUGAAUUGGUUAAAAUUUCGGAAAAAGAAUUAUUUGACUUUGAUUCUUAUAAUUAUUUACCUCGUGUUUAUGCAAACAAA